UACCACUGUUGUAAAGGAUGGUGUGUCUCUCUGGUCGGCAUCACACUGACAACGUCGUGCAUACCAACUUCUACUGGUGACUUUACAAAAUGGCGACACAAUCAGUGGCAACGUUGGUUUUCUGGCUUGGUUUCAGUUUUUGGAUUGUUGAAGGCCAAGGAACAGGGAAUGAAAACAAGACAGAACUCAGACAUCACGUGUCGUCAGAGAACUUUCCCCAGCCUUACCUUCCAAACACCCACCAGCAGUGGAAUUACAGCAUGGACCAUGGUCAGUGGACAGUCAUAUUCAGGACCGUGGACAUCGAACAGUCACGUCGCUGCCAAAAGGAUUACCUGUACAUUUAUGAUGGAGCAAACUCAGAAUACCCCGAAAAAACAUUAUGUGAUAAACUUGAGAACAUGGCGGAUUUCCGAACCACACAAUCAUCCAUUCGGAUCGUCUUCCAUUCGGACAACACUAAUCAAGCUCAAGGGUUCGACUUGCACAUUGUUCAUAUUCCCAACGAAGACUACUACAAAGAACUCUUGCUGAAAAGACAUGCACAAGCUGCGAAAGUGACCAUUAUACAAGUGGAUUCAUCACACUCGUCCGUCUUGUUUGUUCCUUUGACCGUUGCGUUGGUAAUUCUUUUCCUUGUUUUCCUCUCCCUUGCCGUUUAUCUCAUCGUUGGCCUCAGACGGAAGAAGUAUAAUGCACACGACACCAUCCUAUCAAAACCACAUCGACCUUCAAAUACCUCCAACAUCACUUCAGGUCGGCGCUACACCCGUCAACUUAGUGUAGACAGUGACAAUCUGUCCCAUCUCUUGCCGGCAAACAAACCCGAAGUUAAUUCUCCGACGCAGCUGGAUUCGCCAGGGUUCAACAGUUACAUCUGAACUUUGUACAGGCAUUUUGAAAACUACGAAGAUGAGUGUUUUGCACAACAUUAGAUUGUGAUUGAAAAUGUCAAAGGGAAGUUAUUUUCAUCACGGACAAGAGCUUGAAUUGUGCAGCGUGUCAACAAACUUUUUCUCUAAAUGCCUUUCAGUUUUACUGUCGCGGAUUGAGAAAAAAAUAUGUGCAAAUGCAGCAAUAUCAACAGGAAGAUCAAACAACGAAAUGAAUUGCAUUUUGUUCGAAUGAAAACACUGCAUACGAAAGAUAAAGCUACAUGUUGGAACAGACACAUAGGUAUAAACACCGCCAUUGUUUUCAUCACAAACAUGAGAUGUGAAAUUGAUGUUGACAUUUGCCAAAUAAUUAUAUAGGCAACUUGGACAAAAUUGCAUAUUUAGCAGCUUUUAAAAUCAUUACCUAUGCUGAGAAAAUCAUCUAUGCAAGGACCAAUGCUUUUAACAAAACAGCUCUUUUAAAGAAUCGCUUUAACCACUACCUCUCUUAGACGACUCAUUAAUUUGACCCGCGCGUUGAUUCUUGUGUUCUUUAACGUCAGUGAUUACGUGUGCGUGUUUUUGACUUUCAAAUGUAUUUUUCAGAGAUUGUUUUUGAAAGAUAAAUGUCUACUUGAAGCAGUAUGUACCCUUACGAUUGUUGUUCCAUGCAUUCAAUGUGAUAUCAUGAUGAAACAUAAUACAUCAGUAACAUUGAUUUGUUUUUUUAAUUGAAGUGCCUUAUUUUUUAUUUGAAUGUGUAAUGAAUUGUACAUUAUAUCAUAUUAACUUGGCACAUGUAUAUGCUUGUUUAACGUUCCAAAACGUUUCCAAAAAUGUUUCCUAUACUUGUGUUCAGAUCGUUGAAGAAAUGACGAAGACAUGCAAUAACAGGUUUGUUAUUCCAAUGAAAACUUGGCUGUUGUACAUAAAGAUAACAAAUUGUUACAUGCAUUUUAGUUUAGGUGUGCUUAACUACACAGAACCUCUCCAUAGAUAGAAAGUUGUAGAUUUGUUUAAAAGUGAAAUACAACAUAUUUUGUUUGUUUAAAUUAACCUUGGCAAUUUUGACGCUUCAGUCAAAAUUGCACGAGAGGAGAAAGAACCUGAUUUAUUAUUUCUGGAUAUUUUCUUCAAAUGACAUUUAUAUUGAAAACGAUUUGCACAGAAAGCAAUGUAAUGUUUUCAUAUGUUUGCGUUAAAAUGCACUAUGCAUACUUGGGAUAUCGAAUGUUAGACUUUGAAAUAGAAUCAAGUGUUUGAGGUUUCAUGAAGUUUGACGCGUGAGGGCGAAAUCACUUAUAAAAGAGUACUUUUCUUGUUCCCGUGUAAGGUCAAAACAUUAUUUCUCCAAAUUUUGAUUUUCAGAAGCUGUAUUGCUGUUGAAACUACAAAGUAAAGUAUGUUGUAGUUGCUUUGAGUAUAGGUUUUUUUUUUUUUGCCUGGCUGGGAGAACCUAGUUUGGGGAUUGUUUUCAUUGUCUGACCAUGUUGUUUGCUUAAAAUAUUUUUUUCUAUCAAUAUGACUGUAUUUUGUUCAAUAAAACGCAGACUUGAGAUAUUCUUAA